AUGUCGCAACACUCCAAUCGCACUGAUUUGCUUCCUGAUGAACUUAUCGUCGAAAUCCUCACAUUGCUUACCGUAAAAUCUAUAUUGCGAUUAAAAUGUGUAAGCAAGUCUUGGAAUGCCCUAAUCUCCAAUCCCAAAUUCGUUAAAUUUCACCUUCAGCGAUCGACACGAAACAAACAGCUACUGUUAACCUUGAUUGCAUCCAGUAGCUAUGUCCAUUGCGGUGUAGUAACGUUUCCAAUACGCAGUUUACUUGAGAACAUAUCAACCACCCUUUGUUACGAACCGAUGAACUACACGAACGAUUGUAGUCGAGUAAUUGGUUCGUGUAAUGGAUUGCUUUGUUUGCUCGGUUUUUCUAAUACAAUUGGACCUUCAAGUAUCUGGAUCCAGUUCUGGAAUCCAGCCACAGGAAUACUAUCUGAAAAAUUUAAAUCUAUUAACCAUCCUCGCCAUUAUAGAUAUGAGAGGCUUAGAUGCACAUUUGGUUAUGAUAAUUUAUCUCACACGUAUAAGGUUGUGGCUGUCACUUCUAUGGAAGUCAAAGUUUUCAGUUUGAGUGACAAUAUUUGGAAACAUCUUGAAAGUUUACCUGUAUUUCCUAUUGAUUAUGACUUUGUUCUUAAUGCUUGUUUUGCCAAUGAUGGUGUGUAUUUGAACAAUGCGGUUAAUUGGUUGGCUUUUAAAAAUAACACUGAACGUAUUCAUUAUUUGAACGGCGUUCAUGUUGAGAAACUUGUGGUUAUCUCUAUGGAUCUUGGUACAGAGACCUAUAGGCAGUUGUUGCUUCCUAAGGGUUUUGAUAAAAUGACAGCUGUUGUUGCGCCAAUUAUUUCUGUUUUGAUGGACUGUCUGUGUUUUUCAUACCAUUUGAUGGGAACUCAUUUGGUUAUAUGGAAGAUGACUGAAUUUGGAAAUGAACAAUCUUGGACUCAAUUUAUUAGAAUUAGGUUUCAAGAUCUGCAAGUGGAAGAAGAGUUUGGUGACUCUAUUUAUCAUAGAUUGUUUCUGAUUCCAUUAUUUCUUUCUGAGAAUGGUGAUACAUUGAUAUUGGCUAGCAAUAUAGAAGAACAAGCAAUAAUAUAUCAUUUGAGAGAUAAUAGAGUACGGCGAACCAAGGUGACCAAUGAUGUGAUGUGGUUAAUUUCCAAAGAUUAUGUUGAAAGUUUGGUUCCAAUUUCCGGAACCUAA